AUAAUCCCAAGGAGUUACAUAAACAAAGUUCAUCAACUAAGUCAUCAACAUACAGUUCAUCGUUACUCUUAAUAAAUCCCCCCACGGGACGAAAAGAGAGUUAUAGCUUCAUUUAUAUUCAAAAAUUAUUUUGUUUCUUUCACUUAGUCUUUUAGAUUAUCAGUUACAAUGAAUGGUUGGGAGAGCCUGUACUCUACAGCGACAGGCGACUAUAACAACGGGAACUAUAAGGACUCGUACAUAAACUACUUAAAAGCAGCUAACGCGCUGUUGUAUAAGCUUAAUAAUGAAGUUUCCUUCGCUAAUAAAGACGUUAUAAAAACCAAACCACAUAACGCUGCCCAUCUGUUUACUCAACUCAAGUCAUGUGUUCAGAAACUUGAGGAUAUCUUACAAAAUAGGACGACGAAUGGAACCACUUCUUCUCCACAGCCGUAUAAUACUUCUGAUCUAGCCACUUCGAUAAUUACAGCUAAUCCCACUCCCCAGCACUUACCACUUAUUCCAUUUUCUCCACUUACUCGACAGUCUAUGCAUCACGCUCAUCAGCUCGCCACGGCUAAUCAAAAAGUUUCUAUUACUAAACAAAAGAGUUCAGACAACAACAAUAAAGAUGAUCUUGCUAUUCUUCGUAAAUUAGACGAAGAAAUCCGUUUUCAUAGAAACAAGCUCGACCAAGUUAACAAUCAGAUUCAAUCAAUUGGUGAGGUUACUCUCCUUCAUUGGGAUGCCAACGAUGUUUCUAAACAAUUAACCAUUAUUGAAAGUGAAUUAUGCAAAAAAGUUGAUUUCAAAAAAGAUUUGACUUUAAUAAAAGAUAAAAGAACAUCAAAAGCACAAGCAUGCAUGGAUUUCCAUCGUUACUUGACUAAUAGUUUUACUCACCAGUUCAUGAUUUAUGCUGAUAUGGCUCGAACUUCGGCUAAUUCAUCACGCGGUUCUCAACAUCCUAAGGAAAAUAUUAUUGCACAUGCUGUUAAAAUUGCACACACAUUAUUAAAUGUCCAUCGUAAUUUUAACAGUUUCGCUGCGCUCGUGAAAGCUCUUACAUCCCCUGAAGUACGUAGAAUAAGAAGAUUAUGGGCUAAUUUACAAAACCGAACCAUCCAUCAACAGAUUAAAGAAUUUUCAUCAAUUAUUAAGAAAGAAGAUAAUGAGUACAAAGCGUAUAAAGACAUCCUCGCUCAAAAAAUUGAUACGUUUCGUGAUGUACGGGGAAUGGUUGUAAUUCCUUGGAUGCAAUCCCAUUACGAAGAGAUCAAAUCUAUAACCCAAUCUUACGCUAGUGGUAAAUCGGGAGAUAAUAGUGGAGUUUUUCUUUCUGCACCAGGUCAACGUAAAUUAGCGUCAACUUUCUCUCUUCUUGAACAGUGCCAAUCUAAUAACUGCGAUGAUGAAGGAUGGCACUCCAAUAAUACUGAUAGUACCCGCAAAGUUUCUUCAAAUUCACAUAAAACCCCGAUUGGAACGGCUUUGGAUUGCAUGGGUAAUGGAAAUUUGGAAUUGCAUCAUUGGCUUGUAUCUCGUGUUUAUUUGACCAAACAACAAUUAAUUGACGAAAGUAUGGAGAUUGAACCACUUGCAGAUAAUGAAGUGCCACUUUACGUUGAAAAUGAAUAUGAAGAGGAGGAGGAAGAAGAAUCUGAUAAUAAUAGUGUUGGGCGCCUUGACAUCGGUAGCGAAGAUGGUGGAGAUAAUACUGAAGCUGGUACAUCAUCGAAUCAUGAAAUGACCAACGGAUCAAGAUCUCAAUCUAAUAAACCCUCUCCUAAUAAAUUAGAAGAGCAUAAUAAUAGUUUAUUGUCUUCAAAAUCUCUUCUUACAAACAAACAUGAACGAAGUGAAUCUGAAUCCAAAUCUAUUAUUAAUGGUACAUCUUCUACCUCCGUUUCAUAUGAAAUUUCUAAAUCCGAGGAACCUAAAAUCAAUGUAGAAGCUAUAGAUAAUGGUUCAGUUGGUACAAAUUCAUUAACUAGCGUUGUAAAUAGCACAAUUGAAAACAGUUUCACAAGUAAAACGAAAGCAAUUCCGAUCCCACAACCACCGGGCCAGAAAUCUCAUCAACCUUCUCUAUCGCCUUCUUCUAUGUUAACAAAUCUUAAUCCUAACGCUCAACCUUUUGUUCCUCGUUCUAGCCUAUCCAGUUCAGCACCAGGUCCCACUUAUAAUAACAAUAUUAUGAUUUCCAUUAAAGACUUAACCGAAAGGGGUAAAACUAUGAGCAAUGCAAAUAUAAAUACGGAAGAUGAUGAAAAAUUUGUUUAUCCAGUUAAUCAAGUUAAAGACGAAGAUGAUGAUGCUUUUAUAUAUCCCGAGAACAAUAACGCAGAUGAUGAUGACAAUGACAUGGUCUUUGUUUAUACCGAAGAUAGUAGUAAAGAAGAAGAAAAAUCAGAUGCAAAGAAUUCACAAGAUGAUAAUGAUGAAGGCGAAGGAACUAGUUUCGUUUACCCAGGAAAUGACAUAAAUAGCUCCGAUAAUAAUAAUACAAACAUUAAUAAAAGUGAAGUUCCCAAAGUUGACAAACCAUCAGACUCAAUUAGUGUAAUUAGUGUGAAACUUACAGAAGGAGUAUUUACAAAGGUUUAAGGUUGAUUCACUCCAAUUAUUUUUUCACCCUUUUUAUUUCAUAAAUUUUUACAUAUUUUUUACAUUCAAGACGCUUUCUGUUUGUCUUUUUGGGGACUUCCAUGUAUUUAUUUAUUGGAUAUUAAAUUUUAGGAAUAUUUUUAUUCAGUUUUUCGUAUUUAUUAUAUUUUAUGGAAGUUUUUCUGAAAAUGAUUUAUUUAUACAUUUCGAUAUGCGAGGGUAUUCUUUUUUUUGAACUCAUUUUCGAAUGAUACAACCGAUUUUCAUUAUUAUUUUAAUAAUGUAUUUCGAUUUUAAAGAUAUGCCUUGCUUUUUUUAUUAUAUUACAUUAUCACAUAGAAAUAUUAUUUUUGAGUAUUGAAAUUCGAAUUAUGUAUUUAUAUUGAUUUGUAUAAUCUUUUGUGAAAUAAAUAAAAUAAAUGUUAAAUGAUUGUAUGAUCGGAUGAUCAUUACA